AUGAAGGUGCAGAAGCACGGAGAGACUCGCAGAUCAUCAGGUGGUGAUCUACAUAUCUCAGACAUGAGGGUUGUACUGCUGGGAAGCAGAUGGGAAGGGAAGAGUUCAUCAGGAAACACCAUCUUGGGAAGAGAGGAGUUUGAUACCUCAGGACAAACAGCUGAGUGUGUGAAGAGAGAGGGAGAAACAGCAGGGAGACACAUCACUGUAGUGGAGGCACCUGGAUGGUAUCACACUCGUUCUGUAAUAGACACUCCUGAACGUAAUAAACAAGAGAUUGUCCUCAGUGUGUCUCUGUGUCCUCCAGGACCCCAUGCUGUACUGCUGGUCAUUGAUGCGAAAGAUUCAUUCACAGAGACAUACAGAAGAGCAGCGCAGGAACACCUGGAGCUCCUGGGUGAGAGAGUCUGGAGUCACACUAUAGUGCUGUUCACCCGUGGGGACUGUCUGGGAAACACAACCAUUGAGCAGCACAUCGAUAGAGAAGGAAAAGGUCUGCAGUGGGUUGUAGAGAAAUGUGGGAACAGGUAUCAUGUUGUAAAGAAUAACAAGAGAGAUGGUGACCAGGUGACAGAGCUGCUGGAGAAGAUAGAAGAGAUGGUGGCAGGAAACAGAGGUCAUCACCUUUACUUCGAUGCAAAUAUUAUGAAAGAACUGACAAUGAAGAAGAAGAAAGAUGAGAGAAGAGCCGAGGAGAGGAAGAUGAAGGUGCAGAAGCACAGAGAGACUCUCAGAUCAUCAGUAAAACCAUAG